AUGUCAAUUAAUGUGCAAGCUAUAUGUAAUGCCCAAUUGUUAUUAACAGACCUAGUUGUUAGGUGGCCAGGAAGUACUCAUGAUGAACGAAUAUUCAGUGCAUCUAGAAGACAUGCUAUGUUUGAAUUGGGAAUGUAUGGUGAUUCAGUACUUGUUGCAGACAGUGGGUACAUGAACAGAAAUUAUUUGAUGAUGCCAUUAGAUAGAGUUUCUACAUCAGCAGAAUUUUUAUAUAAUGAAUCCCAAAUCAGGACACGUAACCCAGUUGAAAGGUUAUUUGGAAUUUGGAAAAGGCGCUUUCCAGUGUUAGCCCUAGGAAUUAGGGUAAACUUGAAAAAUGCGCCACCUAUUAUAGUAGCUACUGGUGUAUUACACAACAUCCUACAAAUGAGAGGAGAUCAAAUGCCUUUAGACGACCUGAGUUUAGACUUGCCAGCACCAUGGGAAGAAAUAUUACACCAGGGAAGAAUACAGCGUUCUAUAGAUAAUAAUGUUAGAGAUUUAAAUCCCAGCAGGAGAUCAUUAAUAACAAAUUAUUACCAAAGUCUUGUUUAA